AUGGCGGCAGACAGAGCCGACAGAGACAGAGAGUCAGACGGGGACAUGGACGGAGAUUCUGGUAAAGUGUGUCCUCUGGUGGGCGAGGAAGACAUCGAUGCAUCCUGCGCUCAAGAGAUGGCUCUGCUCGCCCUUAUGGAGACCACGGGAUACAACAUAGUGCAGGAGAACGGACAGAGGAAGUACGGAGGACCGCCGCCAGGCUGGGACGGCCCGGCGCCGCCGCGGGGCUGCGAGGUGUUUGUGGGGAAGAUUCCCAGAGACAUGUACGAGGACGAGCUCGUGCCGCUGUUCCAGAGAGCCGGCGCCCUCUACGAGUUCAGACUGAUGAUGGAGUUCAGCGGAGAGAACCGCGGCUACGCCUUCGUCAUGUACACCAACAGAGAGGCGGCUCAGAGAGCGAUCCAGAUGUUGGACGACUACGAGAUCCGUCCGGGGAAAUUCAUCGGAGUGUGUGUGAGUCUGGACAACUGCCGCCUCUUCAUCGGCUCCAUCCCCAAAGACAAGAGGAAGGACGAGAUCAUGGAGGAGAUGACCAAGGUGACACACGGCGUGGUAGACGUGAUCGUGUAUCCCAGCUCAUCAGACAAAAGCAGAAAUCGAGGCUUCGCCUUCGUAGAGUACGAAUCCCACAAAGCAGCCGCCAUGGCCCGCAGGAAGCUCAUACCUGGAACCUUCCAGCUGUGGGGUCAGUCCAUCCAGGUGGACUGGGCGGAGCCUGAGAAGGACGUGGACGAGGAGGUGAUGCAGCGCGUCAGAGUGCUUUAUGUGAGAAACCUGAUGCUGAGCACCACCGAAGAAGAAACGCUGCGUCAGGAGUUCUCCUGCUUCAAACCGGGCUCCGUGGAGCGCGUCAAGAAGCUCACCGACUACGCCUUCGUUCACUACCACUCCCGCGAAGACGCCAUCGUCGCUCUGAGCCUGAUGAACGGAGCCCAGAUCGACGGAGCCACCGUGGAGGUGACGCUGGCCAAACCGGCCGGGAUGAAGGAGGGGAGCGCCGCCGCGAGGAGGUACAACAGCAGGGGGUACCUGGGAAACAACGCAGGAGGAGGAGGAGGAGGAGGAGGAGGAGGAGGGAACGGGACGUACGGCCUGCACAGGAGCGACGGAGGGAUGAUGGGAGGACUGAGGGACACGUGCUCCCCGCUGAGGACAGUGUCCCUGCCGCCUCGCCUGGGGAACCCCCUCUACACAGGAGCAGCAGAUGACCUGGACAGGAGCGUGUUCCCGCUGUUCCCCGGCACGCCGCUGUCCCCCACCAGCCUGCUGUCUCUGAAGCAGAGUCAGAUCGGCUCCUCCGUCAAUCUGCUCGACUUGUACUGCCGAAAAAACUACUGGUCUCUGCCCGAGUACCACCUGUACUCCACCCCGGGACAGGACGGGAGGCUGCUGCUGCUCUACAAGACGGGGUCGUGUUCUCCGUGUUCCUCCUCUCGUGGUAUUCACGGCUGCGUCAGUGCAAUUUCUCUGAAAGCUCAGAGUUCAGGAGUUGUGACGCUGAACGAAGACUCGUCCUCGCUGAGCGCAGCUUCCUGUGAUUCUCCCAGCAGCGCGUCUCCUCCGCUCCCCGUCCCCCCGGCCGUCUCCAGUCCCGGGUUGCUGACCUGCGGCGGCAGAGCCUUCGCCUCCUGCGUCCCCCCUCCUCCUCCUCCUCCCCCUCCUCCUCCGCCUCGUCCUCCUCCCCUGCCGUCCCCCUUCAGUCUCCCGACUCCCCUCCGAUCGCUGUCCACGCUCAGCCCCGCCGCGUCCCAAACGCAGAGGCUCUACAUCAGCUCGCCGUCGCCUUUCUACUGACGGACGACUCAGCGGUGAGGAUCUGAGGACGAGAAGCAGGAGAGGCAGGACUGUUUUUACUCUGAUUACACCUCCACACAC